AUGACCAAGGCCCCUUUCUCUGUGGAGUGGUUGUCCCAGAGCAGCCAGGCUCUAAAGAGCACCACCGCGGGCUCCCCGCACCGACCAUCCUCCGCGGGCCACCGGCCCGCUUCCUCGUCCAGCCCCGGCUUGAGUGACCGGAGCAAGCAGCCGCCCGCCGGGCCGCGGGCCGGGAGAGGCGGCAGGAGCCGGGAGCGUCCGGAGGCACCCUUUGCUGCAGCGAAGGAGGCGGGUGGACACCCGAGAGGUUCCCAGGCCUGGCUGACCCUUUUCUCUCCCUUUCGCCUGUCCCCAGGAGCAGGCAAGCGACCGUGUGGAGCAGAGCGAUCCCCGCCGGAGGGAAGUCCUGAGAGCUCGGGCUCCGAGGAGGCUGGCGGCAAGGCCGGCCGGCGGCUGCGCACUGCCUUUAGCGCCGAGCAGGUCAGCACCCUGGAAAGCUCCUUCCAGAGGCAGCAGUACCUGGGAGCGGCCGAGCGCCGCAAGCUGGCGGGCAGGAUGCAGCUGUCGGAGGUGCAGAUCAAGACCUGGUUUCAGAACCGCCGGAUGAAACUCAAGCGGCAGCUGCAGGAGCUGAGAACGGAGGCUUUCUGCAACCCACCUUAUGGACCUCAGAGCAGCAUUGUACCCUUGCCGCUCACGUACAUGGCCCAACCACUUCCUCUGCUCCAGCAAGGGGCUGCCUCCGAAGGCUUCACCUUGGCGACAAUCCCGGCACCCAACCCGGAACUCAGCAGUGCCUGCAGAGCACAGCCUGUAGGCUUUUGGGCAGCACCCUGCUUUUUUGGGUACGGGGACCCCACAGCUUUCUUGCUAGGUGUCUGACCCUUUGAUACGGACUAUGACUAAGGAGGAUUUGCACUACAGAUACCUAUCUGUAACUGCCUGGUGGAGUUAUGAUGCAGCAAUGUGGAAGAUAUUUUACAGAGGCAUA